CUUGCGCAAAGACUACCGUCAUACACGCUUCGUGCAACAUCAACAUUUCAAAAACCAGGCCUGCAAAUUUUGACUUGUUGUCAUUUUCUCCCUUGGUAGCUUACCUGGUUGCACUUUGGUUGCCUAAUCAUAAAAUCUGGAACUCGACAACAAUGUCAGGAACGUGGGUGCCAGAUGUGGACGAGGACAGCGAGUUUUCGUUGGCAAACAUCCCCUUUGGAAUCAUCAGCACCCAGCACGACACAACUCCCCGGGCAGCAAUUGCCAUUGGAUCAUCAGUGCUUGACCUCAAGGUUCUCGAGCAGCAAGCCGACUUUUAUGAUGUCUUCCCAAUGCUCAGAGAAGCCGAAAAGGGCAUCUUCUCGCGCCCCACGCUGAAUGCCUUUGCAGCCCUCGGCAGGCCUGUGCACCGCCAAGUCCGGGAAGCCAUCCAAGGCUUGUUGGCCACAGACACGUCGACACCAGGCUUCCUCAAAGACAAUGCUGAGCUACGAGAAAAGGCCCUCUUGUCGCAGCGUUUGGUCAAGAUGCAUCUGCCCAUGGAUAUAGGCGACUACACAGACUUCUACGCCGGCUACCACCACGCGUACACGGUCGGGUGCCUGUUUAGGAGUCCGGAAAAUGCGCUGCAGCCCAACUACACCCACCUGCCGGUCGGAUACCACGGCAGAGCUUCGACCAUCGUCGUCUCGGGGACGCCCGUCACUCGCCCCUGGGGCCAGAUUCUGCUGGACCCCGCCGCAGAGCCCAAAGUGCCGACGACAGCUCCCUGCAGGAGGCUUGAUAUGGAAUUGGAGCUGGGGUGCUUCAUCGGCGGGCCGACAAACCCGAUCGGGGAGUCGGUGUCCAUCAAGAACGCGGCUGAUAGAAUCUUUGGCUACGUGCUGCUCAACGAUUGGAGCGCGCGGGAUAUCCAGGCUUGGGAGUACGUGCCGCUUGGACCGUUCAACAGCAAGAACUUUUGCUCGUCCAUCAGCCCGUGGGUGGUGCUCGCGGAUGCCCUGGAGCCCUUCCGGACGAAGCCCAGCGUGUCCACUGGUGUGAAACUGCAGGAGUAUAUUACUGAGGAUAGGGAGGAUACCGUGCUUGAUAUAAACCUCGAGGUGGACCUGACAACUCCCGAAGGCGACACCACCACAGUUACUCGCACCAGCUCCAAGCAUCUCAUCUGGUCAUUCCCGCAAAUGAUUGCUCACCACACCCUGGGCGGCUGCUCCAUGAGGGCAGGAGACAUGCUGGGAUCGGGCACCAUCAGCGGGCCAGAAGCGGGCGAGAAGGGGAGUCUGUUGGAGAUGACAGAUGGUGGAAAGAAGGAUGUCUUGCUCUACGGCAUGGACGCGAGGAGGUUCUUGAAGGACGGCGAUACUGUCACCCUGCGAGGCGUCUGUGGCGACAAGGGCAAGCGCGUAGGCUUUGGAAGUUGCCGAGGACGCAUCAUGACCGCGGUCAACAGGAACAACGUGUAGGUAGUUUAGGGAAUUCGAUUGACAGGCUUCAAACUUCACCAUCUGUCACCAACGACUCCUUGUUGGCCUGCCUUUUGACACACGCAAAAAGUUGGUAUCAGACAUAGGCAUAGUUUUCAACAUUCCCAGUCAAGGUAUAGAAGCAAACAAAGCUGGCAAAUUCCUUACCAG